CAUGAUCCCAGGGUCCUGGGAUCGAGUCCCGCAUUGGGCUCCUUGAGCCUGCUUCUGCCUUUCCCUCUGCCGCUCCCCCUGCUUGUGCGCGCUCUCUCGCUUGCUCUCUCUCCCUGAAAAUAAAUAAAAUCUUAAAAAAAAAAAAAAAGAAAAGAAAAGAAAGAAAAACUCAGAGCUGAAAACCAUGUACUUUCCUUCCCCACACAGUCUAGGUUAACAGAAGGGAAUGAGAUAAAAUAUCUUCUACGCUUGUAGAAAGCAAACCCCAGGGGUUACUUUUUUUUUUAUCUUCUUUCCUCUCCCUCACCUCUUCCUCUUCUUCUCUUCCUCUCUGUUCUUUUCACUAAACGCUAUAAAGCCCUGAGAGCCUGGACUCGUGUGGUGGCAUUGGCGGAUAAAGGAACGUAUCUCAGAGACUGAAAUGGUCUCCAAUUAUUUCUUCCCACGUUGAACUCUUUUUGAACAAAUUGCACAUCUCAUUUGCCGCCUGUUAACAGUUGUGUGCUGCCUUUUAAUAUUUUUUAUUUAUUAGGUUUAUCCUUCUCGUUAAAAAGCAAUCAUUGACUAAAAGAAUUGGUCUUCUGGGCAUGCAGCAAAAAUGUACUGAAAGCAACAUAGGAAUCAGCAGACAUAAAUCAGCAUACUCUUAUCUAUGCUACUCUGCCACCUACAGGAAGGUUGUGAGUGGGUCACCCCACUUUCAGGUGACAGCAAUGACUAACAUAUCUGCAAAGUACUCUUCUUUGGAAUAAUUGCUAAUCAAUAUAGUAGUCAUUCAAGAAUGUUUGAAACACCCAUUCUGUGUUCUAUUAGGUUCCAAGGAUGCAGAGGUAAAUGAGACAUGGUCCACCCCCUCCAGAAAUACCUCGUUCAGAAGAUGGUUUUGAUAGCAAAUGCACCAUCGGGAGCAAGGGCAGCACGUUUGACAACUUCAUUUGAGUUACAAAAGGGCAUCCCACUUUCUGGACUGGUAAAGCCCCACAUCAGAACAUAGAGAAUACUUGAACGUAGGAGAGGAGAUGAGGCUACAAGAAACAACAAAGAUGAUGUAUAAAGGGUUUGAAUGGAGGUCUGGCCACGAAGGUGGCAAGAAGCCCCUGAAGCAGUCCAAGAAACAGGCCAAGGAGAUGGACAAGGAAGAUAAGGCAUUCAAGCAGAAACAGAAAGAAGAGCAGAAGAAACUCGAGGAGCUAAAAGCGAAGGCCGCGGGGAAGGGCCCCCUGGCCACAGGUGGAAUUAAGAAAUCUGGCAAAAAGUAAGCUGUUCCAUGUGCCCGAGGCAAUGAUGAUCCUUAAUUCCAUUCCUGUUUAAACAUCUGGAUUCCCUGUCAUAGCAUCUGUUGCUACCUACAGCUGGAAUGAAGUGUUGUCUUAGAUCCUGUUGUACAUUUAAGAAUAAACUUUUGUAAAAAAAUAAAAAAAAUAAAGGGUUUGAAGGGAAAAAAGAGGAGCCACAAAUGGAAAACCAAAACCAAUGAAGAGGGGAUGGUUGAAGGACAAAUGAGCACACCCUUAAUCUUGAAACUUUAGGAAAAGGUCAUACGUAUAUUUUAAACAAGCACAUGCAGAAAUGCUCUUAAGAAUGGUUUUGGGAGGUUGCACUACAUUGACACAUGCUAUGAAGCAAUGAAUUUGCAGCAAGAAGUAUUUCGCAUGCACUUAGAAAGUUGCAUUUGUCAUGUGAUUACAGACUAUUCUUAUCCACUCCCUGAUAUUAUCAUCAUCAUCAACAAAGACAAUAAAUAGUUGGGGAGUUCUUAAGAUUAUCAAAAUAAUUGGUUUUAGGGGCACCUGGGUGGCUCAGUCGGUUAAGCAUCUGCCUUUGGCUCACGUCAUGAUCCCAGGGUCCUGGGAUCGAGUGCUCCCUGCUCUGCGGGAAGCCUGCUUCUCCUUCUCCCACUCCCCCUGCUUGUGUUCCCUCUCUCGCUGUGUCUCUCUCUGUUGAAUAAAUAAAUAAAAUCUUUUUUAAAAAUUGGUUUUAGCCAAGUACAUUAGAAAGCUUAAAUAUUGUCAUUCUUGCCCUCAGAAAGAAUUAUAUAUAGCAAGAUAAUGUAUAAUGCAAGGUAUAUACAAAGAGUGCUACACGACGGAUUUUAGAAAUCUGGGGAGGAAUUCAAAUGAAUUAUUGCAAUCGGAAAAGUUUUGGAGAAGGGAUAUGUUUUGGGCCAACUCUUGAAGGAAAGGGUACCACUUCAAAAGGCAAAGUAGGGCAUGGCCAGGAGGGCAAGUGCACAAGUAGGGGGAACACCAUUAUGUAAGUAAAGUAGGCAGAACUCAGUAUAAAUGGUGGAUUUAGAUAUAAUCAGUAUAUCUAUUUGAUGAGAAUAGUAGAAAUAAAAAUGGCUAACUAGGACAGACUAUAUUUUCCUCCAAAUAAAUGCAAUAAAUAACAAUACUUCCAGUCCCAAAUGCUCUUCCAGAACCUUCCAGCCCCCAUCAAACUGUGGAGUCUAUUUCCCCACCCCUUGAAUUUGGGCUUUGAAUGGUGGGUCUAACGACUGCUCCAACGAAUAGAGCACAGUGGAUGUGAUGCUAUGUGACUUCCAAGGUGAGGUCAUAACAGGAUGCAGUUUCUGCCUCCUUCUCUCUGAGUUCACUCACCUUUCCACCCUGGCUCCAUGUUUUGAGGGAGCCCAGACCACGUCCAGUGACCACAUGUAGGUAUCCCACUCAACAGUCUUAGCUAAGGUCUCAGCUGACAGCUGGAAUCAAGCAAGACACAUAAGUGCAUGGAGAUUCAAAUGAUUCCAGCCCGCAGAUUUUGAGGCUUCCAGCUGAGGCACCUGAUGUCACAGAAAAGAGAUAAGCCAUUCCUGCUGUACUCUGUCCGAAUUCCUGAUCCUCAUAAUUCAUGAGCAUAAUAAAUAAUUGUUUCAGGCCAAUAAGUUCUGGGGUAAUUUGUUACAUAGUAGUUACAUUCUAGUUCUAGUUACAUAGUAACUAGAACACUAACAUUAAUUGAGUAAUAAUCGAAUGCCAUGUACCACGUUUGAUGCCUUAUAUUUUAUAUCGGCUAGCUAUUUCUGUAUAACAAACCAUUCCAAACCUCAGUGGCUUAAAACAAUAGUUCUUGCUUAUUAAGCUCACAUAUCUGUGGUCUACUGUGGACUGGCUGACCUAGGCCGGGCUCGCUUAUGUGCUUAAGUGUUGCCUGGGAACCCUGCCCUAGCCUGGGCUUGGCUGGGGCAUCUUAGUUAGGGCAGAUCCACUGUAUGUGUCUCUUAUCCUCCUCUUGGAAUUGACAAGUUUGCCUGGGUAGGUCAUUUUCAUGGAAAGGCAGGAGUGGAAAUACUUAGGCUUCUUAGGGCCUGACGUCAGAAAUGGCACACCAUCACUUCUACCAAAUUC